AUGAGUUCAAGCGAUUCAGACUCGGACUUUGAAACACAAGAUAUCGAAUUUAUCGACUUCUCUAAAGAAAUAUCUUCAAGUAAUCAAGAGACUCAACAAGAAAUCAUAGUUCAACCACCUCCUGUAAUAAAAACAGAUGAUGUCAUUACUCCAUUUGUUCCUCCACAAACACCAGUUGUUAUCACUCAAAACAAUGAAGAGAAAAUAAAAGAAGAAGUUGAACUAACACCACCAAGUCUCAUGAUCCCUGAAGAUCCUCUUCCACCAAUAAAAGAAGACGAAGAAGUCAAAAACACUGAAUACCAAACACAAAAACAACUCUUCGUUCAAAGUGGUAAUAAACUCAUGACGAAUGUUACCAAAGUUACUCAAGAGGAAAAGAUUGAAGAGCCACAACAAGAUGUGGCAAUUAAGAGAAGGAGUUUCCCACAACAACUGACUGUAACAAAGACUCAAUUGAAUGAAGAAGAUAUUCCAAAGAUAUUUAAAAGAGUCGCGUCGCCAAUUAACGACUUCAUCACUGACAAACCAAAAGAUGUCACUGACAUAGCCAAACCAAAAAGUCUCUCAACAAUCGACUAUACCCAAUUCUGGACUGAAAUAUCUAAAAGCCAAAUCGACGCACUUUGGAACGAAAACUUUAAGAUCGCAUUCUUCUCGAGAACAGUUACAGUGAAAAAUCCACUUCCUGUCGUUGUGAAAACGCCAGCCACCGCGUUGCGAGACAGCGACGCCGAAUAUUUGGAAUUCAGAAGAUAUCAGGAGUACCUCAUCUAUUGCAAAGAAAGUCAAUUAAGACACAUCACGAAUGGGUAUCUCUUUAAAGACGCUGGUUUCGCAAAAUGGGCUGAAGGCUCUUUGAUGUUUUCUGAUGAUAUUGAUAGCCAAGAAUUACUGUUAACCACAGCGAAAUCUGCAGUGAAGAUACCAUACAUCGACUCACAUUACAAAGGAAUCACCGCCGAGUUUUGGAAAACGUUUCAGUCGAAGGCAUACAAGAAGGACCAGAAUUAUAUUGAAUUUGAGAGGUGUUUGAAGUAUUAUUUGAUAUCGAAAACACACCCGGAAUACACACGAAAUCUGGUUAAAACAUAUCUAGUAGGAACUGAAUGGGAAGAGAGUCAGAAAGUGUUGGAUUUAAUAUUUGAUGUGCCCGACGAACGUAUUAAAGAGAGUGUUAAUGCAAGUGGAAUACACUCGGAAACUAUUGCUUCAGUAAAUCAAUUCUCGAAUAUACCAUUUGCAUCUACAACAUCAGUUUCAAGCGCAACAGGAUUUAAGAAUGGCACCAUGUGUGACACUCAAAGAAUCGGAGCUACUACAGUCAACUGUGUUCACCAACAAAAUCAACAACUCCCUUAUGCGCUUAUUCCUCAACAAAACCAGAAUCUUCAACAGGUCGUUCAUCAACAAAUUCCUCAAUCGCAAACAGUGCAAUAUAGUCAACCACAACUCCCACCACCUAUUAAUACAAUACCUCCAGUCGCAAAAACUGAAAUUACGGUGCAAAGUAAUAUCAUCCCACCUCCUACAAAUCUCCCACCACCUAAAAUAACGACUGAAGUCACACCAAUUCCAUUUAAAGAUAAAAAGAAGCCACUAAAGCCACAGGACGAAAAAACAAAAAAGGACGUCAUUGAGAAACUUAAAAAGGAGACUACGUGGGGAGACGCACUUAUUCAAACUCGAGUGGAUACUCUUCUGUUUGUUUAUCUCGAGAACAUUGGAUAUAUAUACAAAACAUUUGGAUACUUCUUCAAAAGUGCGGACUUUGACUUGUUCUGUAAAACUAUGGAAGAGAUGAACAAUGAACACCUUUUCGAAUUGAACAUCCCAGACACAUUCUUUUUAGAAUUGAGCAAAGAGAAAAUGGAAAAUUGGAAAACACGAACGAUCGCAUUUAAGAAGCAGACUAACGAUAAGUCGAAGUCACAACCAAUGACAGGUACACUCGGACAAAUUAGUCAACAAAAAGACCCAAGAGAAAAGAGAGGAUACCUCUUCCAACUCAAAGAAAUAGUUGGAAAGUUUUAUCAAGAGACUGCUAAAAAGGACAUAGAAGCUGUGAAAAGGGAUCCUCGGAUUGUCCAAUAUACUCAACACGUCCUAGAUGCCACUUAUAAGUCGGGACGAUUUGAAGAGCUUCUUCGAGUGAUUGAUGACUUACACGUGAUGGUAGGCAAGUGUGUGGACAACCCAGAUUUGGUUAUCAGAAGCAUCAAGUUUUUAGAAGAGAGAACGACAAAAGACACUUUUGAAAAGAUCAAAUCGCCGUUGUUUAAAAAUGAAAUCGACAAGCUCUUCAAUGGUGACGGCAACCUCAUAAGUAGUGAAGACGAAUUCCAACAAACGAUAAUAAGACUACUUGCUUAA